UCUUACCUGAGCAAGUUCCCAUCUUCUCCUCCUUCCCGAUCGAGGCACCAUGAGGUCGUCGUCGAUGGCGACCGCGAUACUAUCCAUCGCCACCGUUGUCCUCCUCCUCGCCGCCCAGGACAGCCAUGGCGCGAAACUGUGCAUGGACUCGAGUAUGCCGUCGAUUUCUUGCAGCUUCUUUGUGUUGUUUCUCCGAGCAGUUUGUGAUUAUUAUGCUUCGAUCAUGUCGAGCAGCGUUCCCGAGGGCGGUCAACGGGUCCCUUUCCUUCUGCGGCUACAACGGCACUGCUUGCUGCAACACGACGGACGACGCCGCUGUCCGGAGGCAGUUUGCCGCCAUGAACAUCUCAGGCACGCCGUGCGGCGACCUCGUCAAGUCCAUCCUUUGCGCGAGAUGCAACCCGUACGCCGGCGAGCUCUUCACCGUCGGGACAAGCCCUCGGACGGUGCCACUGCUAUGCAACAGCACCGGCGUGUCGAGCCGUGUCAGCGGCGUGGCCGCGGCGACGGGGUACUGCGCGAAGGUGUGGGAUACCUGCAAGGACGUGUCCAUCCCGGCGUCGCCGUUCCAGCCGCCCAAGGGUGGCGCAUCGGCGCCGAAGCUCGCCGAGGUGUGGGAGUCAGAGGGCGACUUCUGCGGCGCGCUGGGCGGCGAGUCCAUCUGCUUCGACGGUGAGGCCGCGGCGUUCAAUGCGACCCGCGUCGUGCCGCCGGUGAACGGUAUGUGUCUGGAGCGCGUCAGCAACGGCUCGUACCUCAACAUGGCGGCGCACCCGGACGGCUCCAACCGCGUGUUCCUCAGCAACCAGGCCGGCAAGGUAUUCCUUGCCACCGUGCCGCCGCAGGGCUCCGGCAAGCCGCUGGAGCUGGACCUGGCCAACCCGUUCCUCGACAUUACCGACGAGGUGCACUUCGACAACGAGUUCGGCCUCCUCGGCAUGGCCUUCCACCCGGACUUCGAUAAGAACGGCCGGUUCUUCGUCUCCUACAGCUGCGACAAAACGCAAUCGGCAUCGUGCUCUGGCAGGUGCGCCUGCAACUCCGACAUCGGCUGCGACCCGUCCAAGCUCGGCGCCGACAACGGCGCGCAGCCCUGCCAGUACCAGAACGUGAUCGCCGAGUACACCGCCAAUUCGUCCUCCGGCUCGCCUUCGAAAGCAACCUCUGCAAACCCGACGGAGGCGAGGCGGAUCAUGACGCUCGGGCUGCCGUUCACGACCCAUCACGGUGGGCAGAUCCUCUUCAGCCCGGGAGACGGCUACAUGUACUUCAUGAUGGGCGACGGCGGCAGCGUCGGCGACCCGUGGAACUUCGCACAGAACAAGGGGACCCUGCUCGGGAAGAUCAUCCGGAUCGACGUCAACGACAUGCCAACUGGUAACAGCACUCCCAGUUGGGGCAACUACGGUAUCCCCAAGGACAACCCAUUCUCCAUGGACCCCAAGUUCGCGCCGGAGGUCUUCGCCAUGGGCUUCAAGAACCCGUGGCGUUGCAGCUUCGACUCCGCAAAGCCGUCCUACUUCUUCUGCGCCGACGUCGGCCAGUCUUUGUAUGAGGAAGUCGACCUAGUGGUGAAUGGCGGGAACUACGGGUGGCGCGUGUUCGAGGGCCCCCAGCCCUACCCAGCGUUGUCAACUCCCGGUGGGAACACCUCGGUCGACUCCAUCAACGCCAUCAUGCCGGUCAUGGGUUACGCCCACAACACCGUCAACAACAACGUUGGCUCUGCCUCCAUCAUCGGCGGCUAUGUCUACCGCUCCAUGACCAACCCAUGCCUCAACGGCAGGUACAUUUACGCGGACCUGUAUGCGCAGUCCAUGUGGUCGGGGAUCGAGACGCCGGAGAACAGCGGGGUGUACAAUGUGACGCCGCUGACAUUCGGCUGCUCCAAGACGUCACCGAUCCCGUGCGACGUCGCGGCCAAGAGCCCGCUGCCGUCGUUGGGCUACAUCUUCUCCUUCGGCGAGGACAACGCCAAGGACUUAUACUUGCUUACCAGCAAGGGAGUGUACAGGGUGGUCGAUCCCAGCAGUUGCAACUACGCAUGCCCAAUCAAGAGCUCCACACAAGAAGGGGUGCCCCCGCCUACCUCGUCGCCAAGCUCGGCAUUCAAUGCACAAGCUUUCACCCUACCAACGACAAUGUUGGCAGGAGUGUUACUUGUCUUGCUGAGCUUGGGAUUUUGAGAAGAACUAUUCGUUUCAGUUCAGAAUGUUUUGCAAAGUUGCCAUACGGUUGUGGUGUUUUGAUGUUGUAUAUUUUGGGUACUCUCUCUAUGUGUGCGAUCGUGUAAAUUUUUAGAUUGUAUUUAUCAAAUUAUAAGUCAAAUAUUGCACGAAA